AUGGUCGAAAUGCGACGCUACGAAGGAAUAUGGCGGAAGCGCGAUGUGCUACCAUUUUGGAUUUUACAAAUCCUCCUUAUGCAUAUCUGUAUUGUCGCUGCGGUCUUACUUUUCGUUGGCGCGUCCUCCGUAGAGCGGCAGCAGAGCAAGCUUGACUCGUCUGGUCUCUUUACGAUCGUGUACUUAGGCUACGAGGCAGAUGACCUAGUCAAGUACGCGCGGAUCAUGGGAAUUGUCAUGCUCGUCCUCGGUAUCGGUACUCUUAUCUUUGACAUUAUUGAGAUUGUGCUAUACGUCCGGGGCCGGUUGAAUCCAGUUAUACUGCUCUCAUGCGCAUGUAUCAAGACUCUGAUCUGGAGCGCAUACUUCAUCACUGCUAUCAUCGCCAUAGCAGCCGGUUCCAUUUUCGGUGUAUUGGGUUUAUUGAUAGGCAUAGUACCCGUGGCGACGAACAUUGCGCAACUCGCCUGGGGCAUCAUAUACACGAACCGCGAACGAAACGGCCAGCUCUCAAACCGGUCUAAGCACAAGUCCAUCAGAGACGACGGGAGUUACGAUAUGGUGUACGAUAUUAGAGACCGAUGGAACUAUUUUUGA